UUUUAAUAAUAAUUAUUUAAAAUAAUACAUAACUAUUUGUGUAAAAGUAAAACGUUUGCUCUGAUUAUUUGUCAAAAGAAUUUGAAGUGCAGAUUGUUUAUACUGAAGUGAAAAAUAAAUAUUAAAAAUAGACAUUGUAUAAUUUUUAGAGAAUUGAAACUGUUCAGUAUUAUUAAUAAUUAAAAUUAAAAUUUGUGAACGUUGUGAAUAUGCACAAGAACAUGCAUUUAGAGAAAGGAAAAUCAUCGUUACAAGAUAAGAAUGGAAAACGGCCAAGAAAAAAAUUAUCUUUUAAAGAUCCUGAAGCUGAAAUUUUAUCUGCUAAUAAUGAAAAAAAAUCAUUAACUAUUCCAAGAUGUAAAGAAUUAAAAAGUCUAAAUUAUGAAAAUAAUAAUAUUACAACAGAGAAUUUUAUUUUGGAUACCAGAAGAUUAAGUUCUAGUUUAGAAGAUUUGGAGUUAGAGAGUCAAGCAAUGAGAAUUGUCCGAACAGUUGGACAAGCAUUUGAAGUGUGCCAUAAAUUAAGUUUAGUUCAUACAACUUCUACUGUCAGUAGUCAGGAAGACAUUCCUUGUGAGAAAAGUAAUGAAGCUCUUUGUGAUGUUUCCACAAAAGGUAAAAAUGAAACAGAUAGAUCAUCAGAACCCAAUAGCUGUGAUACUCAAACAGAAGAUGUCAAUCCUAGUGCCAGUUGUGAAACUACUGUCCAACGACCCACCAAAUUAGAAUCUUUAGCACCUCCAGCUUCUGAAAGUGGAGAUAGAAUUAUACCUGAAGUUGGGGAAACCUAUUCCUCACCUUUAAGCGAACCAUUACCUUUGAUGGGUGUUGUUCCUCCUGAAGGUACUCCAUUAAGUCUUUAUCAUCAACUACAAUUACUUAAGCACCAGUUAGAACAACAGAAUCAACAGACUCAAGCAGCUGUUGCUCAAGUUCAACUAUUGAAGGAUCAGCUUGCUGCUGAAACCACUGCAAGAUUAGAAGCUCAAGCUCAAAAUCAUCAGCUUCUUGUACACAAUAAAGAACUUUUGGAUCAUAUUCGAAUGCUAGUGAAACAAAUCCAAGAGUUUGAAAAGAAACAUGUAGAAGGAAAGACUGAUAAUGUGUUUCCAGAACUUCCAUCUGUAUCAGAAGUAGCACAUAGUGGAAUAUCUCAACUACCAACUUCAGCUAAUCUUCCAGAAUUGGUUCCAACAACUACAAGAUCACCAUUGCAUGAAAAUUUGCUCCAUCCUACUCAGGGCUAUGAAUCAUGGAUGCCAAAAAAUAUUGUACCAUCCUCAUCUAUUCAGAGUAGUACUUCUCAAAAUCUGAAUGUUUCGAGUCCAUCAAACAGUCCACAGUUAAGAAGUUUCUCUGAAGAAAAGGCAAAUUUAUUUUUAUCUGGAUUGCCCUUUUCCAGUAGUCCAACUCGAACAAAUUUUGUUAAAACUACCGAUGAAAUUUUCAAAGUUCAGAAAGUGGAAAGUCCUCAAAUCAGGACAAGAUCACCAAUUUUAUCACAACUUGGUGAUGAUUCUACAAGCAGUUUAUUGACUCUUCAAAUUAAUAAUUUAAAUACUUCAAUGUAUGUGCCAUGUUCUACUAAUUCAACUACUACUACUACUAUAAGUCAAUUAAAUCCACCUCCACAUAAAACUAAGAAUAGUAAACUUUUAGAUCAAGGAUUAAUUUCUAAGAGAACUACUACAAAAGCGGCAGGAAUGGAUGACUGUAGUAGAAAUAUAAACAGUCAAGAAGCGUACAGUCAACGACCGGAUGUUGUCUCUUGGCCAUCAUCUCAAGUGUCCAUUAACAAGCAUUCUACCUCUGGAGCACAAGCUAAUUUAUUUCCACAGAACACUCAAUCUUAUCAGUAUUCAGAAAGGGACAGUUUUUUAACUCAGACAGCCAGAGACAUCGGGAGACUAACCAUACAGGAUAAAGAAAUGGAUUAUUUUCAAAUAAAUGAAUCACAACACGAUGAGAGGAUACAGAUUUUUAAAAGUUGAGGAUUGAACAUUUGUUAACAAUUGACACAUCAGGGAAUUUAAAAAAAAUCCAAAAAAUUUUUUUGAACAUAUCAAAUUUUGUACAUCUUUUGUGAAAUCAAGUGUCAAAUUGUAAAACCUCAUUUUAUAAUUUUAAUCUUUUCAUUUUUUUUUGUUUUACCCAUAAUAUCCGAUAAAAAUAAUCGUCAUUGCUGCGAUUUAAUUGGUAGCAAUGCCGAUUUCAUUUUGUACAGUAUAACUUCAUAGGGCUGUUAAUAUGUAUUAAACCACUGCCUAAUAUGUAAAUAGUUUGCCAAAAAACAGAUGAUGGUAAAAUAUCAAGUCUCAAGACAAUUGAAAUGCAAAAAAGCAAUCAAGAGUGCUAUUUUUUUGUGAUGUCUUGCAUAUAUAUUUCUCAUUUUAUAGAAAUACUUAGCAUUCUAUAUUAUUUUGUUAUGUUAGCAAUACUCAUUUUAUAC